AUGUUCACCAUAUUCAUCUCCAUGUACCUUCUCUUGGCUGUUCCCACUAAACUGACCACUUUCUCCAGAUUUGCUAUACACGGACAUGACUUGGUUGCUGGCUUGUCCCAACUCGUUAGUACCCUCGGAAUACAAGGGCACAUUAUAUUUCCUUGUGCCAGUGGCUAUAACACUGGCUUGUUCACUCAACUAGGAAUAUUAGAUUCAUUAAACCAAAUAUGGCUGCAAACUAUUCUCACCCUUGCCACUGCUUCGUUUUCUUUAUUACUCGUGCUCCAGCGUGCCUUCGCAGUUACAACAAAAAUCUCUGAGAAGUGGAAGAAUGUUUGUCUCAAAAUGUUCUUACUUACACUCGUUUUGCAAAUUAUUCUGUCGCCUAUCGUUGGCCUUAACCUGACAGAAGGCGGUGAAAGAGGACGGCAGAUGUGUGAACAGAAAAUAAAGCAUUACCCGGAAGAGAUGAAUACUCUACAUGGUAUCAAUAUGAUAAUGACGCAAAAUAUUUUCAAUAUUCUUGCACUGCUGUAUAUCGUGUUGUAUACUCUCUUCUACGUGCUGGUCGCAACUGUCGGAGGCACAGUUUUGAUUCGGCAUAUCGGAGAACAAGGAAAGAUGACGCAGUCUACUCACUUCAUAGCCAAUCAGCGUAGAAUAACACUCGGUGUUAUAUACUUCAUGAUCCUGGAGGUGAUAGGAGUUGGUGUCCCCGUUAGCAUCAGAGAGCAAGCGAAGUCAUCGCAGUCGACUCAGUUCUUAGCCAACCAACGUCGAAUAACUUCUGGGAUUCUUUACUUCAUGGUUCUCGAGAUAGUUGGAUUGGGCAUUCCAUAUAUAGUUAUCAGUACAUGUUUUAUUCUCAGGGUGGGAAAUCCGGUCGUCUCUCAAUUUGCCAUCAUCACUAUGUGCGUCUACCCUAUAUUUGGUCCAUACUAUGUUCUCAUGUCCAACACAGAUUACAGGAACAGAGUGAGAGGGAUACUUAGAAAAGCUCAAGAGCUAGGAUCUCGUACACCGACUAUUUGA